GAUGUGCUGUUAUUGUUAUUUCCAGGAGGUUUGUUCAUCAUGUCUUACGGCGGAUCAGGUUCAGGUUCUCGAGGUGAAUUCAGCGUUCAUUUCUCCAGCAGAAGUGGAGCAGGACUCAUCAGAGCUGAAGAGGCUGCAGGGAUCGCCUUGCUGGCCGUGGUCCUCACCGCGCUGCUCAUCCUGGGCUGCUGGUAUUACCGCCGGCGGGGGGGGUACAAGAUGAUCCGGAGCGAGAGAAACAGCGGUCAGUCGUGGAGAGAGAUGAUGAGAGCGGGUCAGUACAGCGAGUCUGGAUCCGGAGAAGAGAACAAACUAGCCUUGAAUGAAUUCAGCAACCUGCAACCAGCGAUUCCGAAUGCUCCUCCAGCCUACGAUAAGAUCGUCUCCGGACCGUCUCCUCCUCCUUACUCCCCAUGAGACACAGACCAACGACAGGCUGGAGUCCUUACCAAAGGGUUUCUGACCACAGCAUGUGCACUAUAACAUCUGACACCAGUGCCUUUAAACACAACACCAUUCAUCAGACAUGAGGCUAAGAAAGUUUCAAAUUCAUUUAAUCCAAUAAAGUUUUUGUUAUUGUUU